UGACAAACGGUAUCUUUGAUUACGUCGGAGGACCUUUAUCAAGCAAAAUUAAAACGAAACUACCCAUUCACCAUCGUGAUUGAAUUUAAUUGGUUGGAUACUUAUAGAAAAACAAAAGCUAACGUCAUUUGUGUUUUGGAUUAUUGAGGGAGAAAAAAAGAGUAAAGAUUGAGGAGGAUGGAAUUGAUAGCGGGUGAGGUGUCGCAGAUCACGAAGAAGCAGAGGUUCAGGUCACUUAAAUUGGUGAGCGUGGACUUGGACGAAGUUCUCGUCGAACAACCGUACGGGGUGGACUAUGGCAGGCUUCACAAUGGCCUCUCUUACUACGUUCGUCGUAACUGUAAGCCCAGAAUGAGAGCUGCUCUUGCUCUUGCUGUCAAAGUCGGCUCAGUUCUAGAAGAGGAGGAUGAGCGAGGAGUUGCUCACAUAGUUGAGCAUCUUGCUUUUAGUGCCACUAAGAAAUACACAAAUCAUGAUAUUGUCAAAUUUCUAGAAAGUGUUGGAGCAGAAUUUGGUGCCUGCCAGAAUGCGGUAACAUCUGCUGAUGACACUGUAUAUGAGUUGUUUGUUCCUGUUGACAAGCCUGGACUAUUAUCUCAGGCCAUUUCAAUCUUGGCAGAAUUCAGUACGGAGGUCCGAGUCUCAAAAGAUGACUUGGAAAAAGAAAGAGGCGCUGUAAUGGAAGAGUACAGGGGCAACCGAAACGCUACUGGAAGGAUGCAAGAUGCACAUUGGGUCUUAAUGACUGAAGGAUCAAAGUAUGCUGAGCGAUUACCCAUUGGAUUAGAGAAAGUAAUUAGGACAGUUUCUUCUGAGACUGUGAAAUCUUUUUACCAGAAGUGGUACCAUUUACAUAACAUGGCAGUGAUUGCAAUUGGAGACUUUCCUGAUACAGAGAGUGUAGUGGACUUGAUAAAGACUCACUUUGGGCAGAAAAAUUCAGCAACUGAUCCUCCAGUUUUACCAAUAUUUCCAGUUCCAUCUCAUCAGGAGCCUCAUUUUUCAAGUUUUAUUGAGUCUGAAGCUGCCGGGUCUGCUGUGAUGAUUAGCUAUAAGAUGGCAGUGAAUGAGUUGAAGACUGUAAAAGAAUAUAAGGAAAUGCUUACAGAAUCCAUGUUCCUACAUGCUCUAAACCAGAGGUUCUUCAAAAUAUCUCGCAGAAAGGAUCCCCCCUAUUUCUCAUGUUCAGCUACUGCUGAUGAUCUAGUUCGUCCAUUAAAGGCUUGUAUAAUAUCUGCAGCCUGUAAAGAAAGAGGGACUUUGGAGGCCCUAGAGUCAGUGCUUAUUGAGGUUGCAAGGGUGCGACUACAUGGGUUUUCAGAACGUGAAGUAGCUGUAGUUCGGGCAUUACUGAUGUCUGAAAUCGAAUCCGCCUAUCUGGAGCGCGAUCAAAUGCAAUCAACAAGCUUGAGAGAUGAACUUUUGCAACAUUUUCUCUGCAAUGAACCUGUUAUUGGGAUUGAGCACGAGGCUCGACUCCAGAAAACUAUUCUACCUCAGAUAUCGGCGUUAGAAGUAUCAAAAUACUCAGAGAAGUUACGAACAUCAUGCAGUUGUGUCAUAAAGACAAUUGAACCUCGAACUUUUGCAAAAGUUGAUGAUUUGAAAAGUAUUAUGUCAAAGAUUAAUAAUUUGGAGGAUGAAAAGCGCAUUUCUCCUUGGGACGAUGAACAAAUACCUGAAGAAAUUGUUGGUACAAAACCCAGUCCAGGGAAUAUUGUACAACGGUUUGAAUAUCAAAAUAUUGGGGCUACUGAAUUGAUUUUAUCCAAUGGCAUGCGAGUUUGCUAUAAAUGUACAGACUUCCUUGAUGACCAGGUUCUUUUUACAGGUUUUUCAUAUGGGGGUUUAUCUGAACUCCCAGAAAGGGAGUACGUUUCGUGCUCAAUUGGAUCAACCAUUGCUGGAGAAAUAGGUGUAUUUGGUCAUAAACCUUCAGUGCUGAUGGAUAUGCUUGCUGGAAAGAGAGUUGAAGUUGGUACAAAGCUUGGAGCAUACAUGAGAACCUUUUCUGGUGAUUGUUCACCAUCAGACCUGGAAACAGCAUUGCAGCUUGUAUAUCAACUAUUCACAACAAAUGUAACACCAGGAGAAGAAGAAGUCAAAAUAGUGAUGCAAAUGGCAGAAGAAGCAAUUCAUGCUCAAGAGAGAGAUCCAUAUACUGCAUUUGCAAAUCGGGUGAAGGAGAUCAACUAUGGAAACUCUUACUUUUUUAGGCCCAUUAAAAUAAGGGACCUUCAAAAAGUUGAUCCAAUAAAAGCUUGUGACUAUUUCAACAGCUGUUUUAAGGAUCCAUCAACUUUCACUGUUGUGAUUGUUGGCAACAUUGAUCCUACAAUUGCAAUUCCUCUGAUAUUGCAGUAUCUGGGUGGGAUACCAAAGCCUCCUGAACCUGUUCUCCAUUUUAACCGUGAUAAACUCAAAGGCUUACCUUUUACCUUUCCAACAUCCAUAAUAAGGCAAGUGGUCCGCAGCCCCAUGGUUGAAGCACAAUGUUCUGUCCAACUAUGCUUUCCUGUUGAGCUGAAGAAUGGAACAAUGGUGGAAGAGAUUAACUAUGUUGGGUUCCUGAGCAAAUUUCUUGAAACGAAGAUGAUGCAGGUUCUUCGUUUCAAGCAUGGGCAAAUCUAUUCUGCUGGUGUUUCAGUAUUCCUUGGUGGUAAUAAACAUUCAAGAACUGGUGAUGUACGUGGUGAUAUUAGCAUAAAUUUUUCUUGUGAUCCAGAGAUCUCUCCAAAGCUGGUUGAUCUUGCCUUGGAUGAAAUCUUACAUCUUCAAGAGGAAGGGCCUUCAGAUCAGGAUGUUUCAACCAUACUCGAACUCGAGCAAAGAGCCCAUGAAAAUGGAUUGCAGGAGAACUACCACUGGCUGGACAGAAUUUUAUGCAGCUACCAGUCAAGAAUAUACUCUGGAAAUGUUGGGACUUCUUUUGAGAUUCAAGAUGAAGCACGAUUAAAAGUCAGAACAUCUCUGACGUCAUCAACAUUGCAGUCAGCACUGCAAAGGAUGUUACCUUAUUCUUGCAAUAGACAGUACACAGUAGUGAUUCUGAUGCCUCAGACGUCUCGAUUUAAGUUAUUGGGAUCAUUUUUUCAAUCCACUCAGACCAUUAAUUUUAGAGAUCCAAAGAUUUUGGCAGGCAUUGCUGGUUUGACGAUUGUAGCUCUUUGUUUGUGGAGAAAUUCUCGGAGAACCCUGAAAGGCUGAAAUAAUUGGAGGCUCUUUUUUUUUUUUUUUUUUUUUAUAG